CUCAUGCGUCAAUAAUCCACGAUCAUUGUCUUUUCUUCUUAGAGACUAUUGAUGCUUGCUCUUUAUUGACCACCCACUAUUCGUCCCCAUCCUUCCGCGCUGACCCCUACGCCCACCCUCCUCGUCUAUCUCCCCUCCAUGAGUUCCCACCAUGUGGCUUGACCGCAUCUCCGGCCAUUCGAGUCCCUCGAGUCCUCAGGUCGACAGCCGCAGCAAUUCCCCUCUACCCCUCCCUCGACGGCCGUCUUCGCGUCCCUCCCCGUAUGCGCAGAACAAUCGCUCCGGAUCGAGCCGCCAAGGAUCGUCUCUUUCGGUUCUCCUGAACCCCAACGACUCGAACACGUCCCUCCCCGCACUGCCCCGUGCCAACGAUGGAUCGACGCUGAAACACGGCGCUGCAAAGUCCCGUCCGUCGGACGUGGCCGAUCCCCUUCAGGUGCUGGAUUCCAUUCUGGGGAAGCAGAGGGUGGAAGCUGAGAAAGAUGACUUGUCCGAUGAGAGGCCGUCGCGGCUGGUCAAGGACAUCGACUUUGGGGGCUUGAGCUUGGAGGAAUUCGCGGCGCAGGAGGAGACGCCUAGAAAGAUUAUGAAUAGCGACGUCGGGACGCAGACACUCCAGCAGUUCGAGCAGGAACGAGACAAAUUCCAGGAACUCCACACGGCCAUCACCGGAUGCGACGAAGUAUCCAAGUCCGUCGAGAUGUAUCUGUCGGACUUUCAGAGCGAAUUGGGAGCCGUGUCGGCGGAAAUUGAGUCUCUCCAGGCCCGUUCUAUCCAGUUGAAUGGCAUGCUGGAUAACCGACGCCACGUCGAGCAGCUGUUGGGACCCGCCGUGGAGGAGAUCAGCAUCUCGCCCAAGGCGGUUCGACAGAUCGCGGAGGGGCCCAUCGACGACAACUGGGUCAAGGCGCUGAACGAGUUCGAAGCACGGACGACGAGCAUCGAAGCCAAGGUCUCCAGCUCCAACAGUAGCAAAGCCAUUGAAGACGUCCUACCGCUGCUGACGGAGGUCAAGAAGAAGGCUGUGGAGAGGAUCCGGGACUACCUUGUUUCUCAAAUCCGAGCAUUGAGGUCACCGAACAUCAACGCCCAGAUCAUCCAGCAACAGCGCCUGGUCAGGUUCAAGGAUCUGUACAGCUAUCUUUCACGAGCCCACCCGACGCUGGCCGGGGAGAUUACACAGGCCUACAUCAACACAAUGCGUUGGUACUAUCUGACUCACUUUUCUCGCUACCUACAAGCCCUGGAGAAGGUCAAAGUAUACCCGAGCGAUCGAAAUGAUGUUCUCGGCGGAGAUCCAUCUGCUCACAAAUCAGGAAACCUCGCACCUGGUGGCCGCGCAGGCGCUGCGCACGAUCCCUUCUCCCUGGGACGGAGAGUCGACAUCCUUCACACAGGGAACCACAUGGCGAUGUCGUCCUAUCUGGCCGAAGAGGACGCCUCAUUCCACGGCAUCGAAGUGCCCUUCCGGAAUUUCAACCUCGCACUUCUGGACAACGUGUCGGCAGAAUACUCGUUCAUGACAGAGAUGUUCUCGACGCUGUCAUUCCACCAGAUCUCCCGCAAGGCUACGGAGGUUUUCAACCCCGUCUUCACCCUGGGCCAGGAACAGUCGAAGCGACUGAUCGAGAACACCAACGACUCGCUGGGUGUGCUCAUCUGCGUGCGACUCAACCAACAGGCAGCAUUCGAGCUGCAGCGGCGAAAAGUCCCCGUAGCCGACUCGUACAUCAACGGCGUGAACAUGCAGCUGUGGCCGCGCUUCCAGGUGCUCAUGGACAACCACUGCGAGUCGCUGAAGCGGGUGGGGACGAACACGGGCCGCAGUGCCGUGGCGGCGCUGUCUCUAGCGGGAGGCGACGACCUGAACCGGUCAUCGGCGCCGCACUUCCUAACCCAGCGGUUCGGCCAGCUCCUGCACGGGAUCCUGGCGCUGAGCAGCGAAGCCGGCGACGACGAGCCAGUAUCGAACAGCCUCAGCCGGCUGACGGCCGAAUUCGACAGUCUGCUAGCGAAAUUGAGUCGUAUUGGCGGCGACGCCAAGCGACGGGAGCGGUUUCUCUCUAAUAAUUACUCGUUGAUUUUGGCCAUCAUUAGUGAUACCCAAGGGAAGUUGGCUACGGAGCAGAAGCAGCAUUUGGAGGAGAUGCUCAAGGGAGUAGGGAAGCGGUAGAUUUCGGAAGCUGUCGCCGAGAUCUGGUGUACAUAGACUGGAUGACAUUGGGAUAUAUUAUAAUCUCGUAAUAGAGCAACAAUUAUGUACAGUGGGAUGUAUACUGCACAUAUGGACAAUCAUU